AUGGAGCGCGAGGAGGACGGGGACCCCGAGCGCCGGGAGGCUGCGGCGCGGGCCGGCGGCGACGAGGAGGAGGAGGAGGAAGAGGAGGGACUGAGCGACAGCGACGACGAGGACGAAGACCGGGAGACCCGCGGCGGCCGCGAGGAGGAAGAAGAGGAGGCGGCGGCCGCCGGGCGGGAGCGCAGCGAGGACGCGCCGCCGCCGCCGAGCGCGGAGCUGCCUCCAGCCGCGGUGCCGGCCGCGGCCGCCCGCGACCGGAGCGGCCGCCGCCCGCCGGGGCCCCAGCCGGGGCCGCUGCCCUGCCGCCCGAAGAGGAUGCCGUCGCCUGACGAGGAGGAGCGCGAGCGUCGCCGGAGCCGCCGGAGGGACCUUCUGCUGAGCCAGAUAGGCUUCCUGGCCCUGGUGGCGCUGCUGCUCUGGUCGCUGUCGAGCAUGCAGGACCACGACGACCUUGACUUCAUGGACCUCAUCGGGCAAGACAGACAGUGGACCGUGGGGAGGAAGUUAAUGCAGGUGAAUGACUCGCUGACUUCAGAAGAUGCAGGGCCGCGGAGCAGCAAGAACUGCACUGAACCAGCCCUGCACGAGUUCCCCAAUGACAUCUUCACCAACGAGGACAGAAGACAGGGGGCGGUGGUCCUCCACGUGCUCUGUGCCAUGUACAUGUUCUAUGCGCUGGCGAUUGUGUGUGAUGACUUCUUCGUCCCCUCCUUGGAAAAGAUCUGUGAGCGCCUGCACCUCAGCGAGGACGUGGCUGGGGCCACGUUCAUGGCAGCAGGCAGUUCAGCUCCAGAGCUGUUCACAUCGGUCAUAGGCGUCUUCAUCACCAAGGGUGAUGUGGGAGUGGGGACCAUCGUGGGCUCCGCGGUGUUCAACAUCCUGUGUAUCAUCGGCGUCUGCGGGCUCUUCGCCGGGCAGGUCGUGGCUCUGUCCUCCUGGUGCCUGUUGAGGGACUCCAUUUACUACACGCUGUCCGUGGUCGCGCUCAUCGUGUUCAUUUAUGAUGAACAAGUUUCCUGGUGGGAGUCUUUAGUCCUCGUGCUGAUGUAUCUCAUCUACAUUGUCAUAAUGAAAUACAAUGCCUGCAUACACCAGUGCUUCGAGAGAAGGACCAAGGGUGCGGGAAACAUGGUCAACGGCUUGGCCAACAACGCUGAAAUCGACGACAGCAGCAACUGCGACGCCACCGUGGUGCUACUCAAGAGAGCCAAUUUCCACCGCAAAGCGUCAGUCAUCAUGGUAGAUGAGCUGCUGUCGGCCUACCCACACCAGCUUUCUUUCUCUGAGGCUGGUCUUCGAAUCAUGAUCACCAGCCACUUUCCCCCCAAGACUCGACUCUCCAUGGCCAGUCGCAUGUUGAUCAAUGAGAGACAAAGACUGAUAAACAGCAGGGCUUAUGCCAAUGGGGAAUCCGAGGUGGCCAUCAAAAUCCCGAUUAAGCACACGGUGGAGAACGGGAUGGGGCCCAGCAGCUCCCUGGACAGAGGUGUGAACGGGACUCGGGGGGACGACGUUGUUGCUGAGGCUGGCAACGAGACAGAGAAUGAAAACGAUGACGACGAGAACGACGGGAACGAGGAGGAGGAGGACGAGGAGGACGAGGAAGGGCCAUACACGCCGUUCGACCCCCCCUCUGGCAAACUGGAAACAGUGAAAUGGGCGUUCACCUGGCCCCUGAGCUUUGUCUUGUACUUCACUGUCCCCAACUGCAACAAGCCCCGCUGGGAGAAGUGGUUUAUGGUGACCUUCGCUUCCUCCACGCUGUGGAUUGCAGCCUUCUCCUACAUGAUGGUGUGGAUGGUCACGAUCAUCGGGUACACGCUGGGGAUUCCUGACGUCAUCAUGGGGAUCACCUUCCUGGCAGCCGGAACCAGCGUGCCCGACUGCAUGGCCAGCCUCAUUGUGGCCAGACAAGGCAUGGGGGACAUGGCCGUGUCCAACUCCAUUGGGAGCAAUGUUUUUGACAUCCUCAUUGGCCUCGGGCUCCCCUGGGCCCUGCAGACCCUGGCUGUGGAUUACGGAUCCUACAUUCGGCUAAACAGCAGGGGACUGAUCUACUCCGUGGGCUUGCUCCUGGCCUCCGUCUUUGUCACGGUGUUUGGCGUCCACCUGAACAAGUGGCAGCUGGACAGGAAGCUCGGGUGCGGGUGCCUUUUCCUAUACGGCGUGUUCCUGUGCUUCUCCAUCAUGACUGAGUUCAACGUGUUCACCUUCGUGAACCUGCCCAUGUGCGGGGACCACUGA